ACGCGCCCAGGCUCGCGACGGCCCCCUCCCCCAUCGCGGCGCCCAGCAGCCAGCUCCGCGAUGGGAGCCGGAGCGGUUGCGGCGUACAACCCGCGCUCCUCCCUCGCCUCCUCCUCUUUCUCCUCCUCCUCAGGGCUCCAGUCAGGCCGAGCCGCUCCGCUCACGGCAAAAGAUUUGGUCAUCACAGAAUGUAUAUGGCUGCUGGUGGCCUAACAUGGAAGGCUGUUUCAUUCAUAGCAAGCUUUUUUAAAAACUAAAAGGCAAACUGAGAUACAACUUGCUACUUUUUGUGGUCACAUGUACUUAGGUGACAACGUAUAGAAAGUCAGACCUGCCACUUGAUGAGAGACAGUUCCUUUCAACCAAAAGAUAAUUUAAAAAUGGCAGAACUCUUUAUGGAAUGUGAAGAAGAGGAGCUAGAACCAUGGCAGAAGAAAGUGAAAGAAGUUGAAGAGGAUGAUGAUGAUGAGCCCAUUUUUGUUGCGGAGAUAGCAAGUUCAAAACCAGCUAUUUCAAAUAUUUUGAACAGAGUUAAUCCCAGCUCUCAUUCAAGAGGAAUAAAGAAUGGUAUACUUAAUCGAGGUUUUACUGCUUCAUUCAAGCCUACAAGUCAACGCUGCCCGAAUUCAACAUCAAAUCCUGUGGCUGCCUUGCCAGUAAAUUUUCAUCCUGAAUCUAGAUCUUCAGAUAGCUCUAUUAUUGUUCAGCCAUUUUCUAAACCUGGUUAUGUAACAAAUUCACCACGAGUUCUGUCUAAUAACUCUUCAGAGUUACUGUUUGACUUGACCCAGGAUACAGGAUUAUCACAUUACCAGGGGGGACCAACACUUUCUAUUGCAGGUUUGAAUGAAACGUUUUUAUCAAAACGUCCUUCUGGUUCUGACAUAAGCAGUGUUAACUCAAAAAAGCCUAAAGCUAGUGAAAACAUUUCUGGAAUCGAUGCUUCUUCUGUAGUCUCUUCAGAAAAGUCUCCAUCAGUGAUAUCUCUCCAAGUGGUGCCAUCACAAGGUGCAAAUUGCUCAUCAAAUCAAUCUAAAAAUGGAACAACUUUUCCAAGAGCAUGUCCCAAGUGUAAUAUUCACUUCAAUCUUUUGGAUCCUCUGAAAAAUCACAUGACGUAUUGUUGUCCAGACAUGAUAAAUAACUUUUUGGGAUUGACUAAAACAGACAAUUUAAACUCAGCAAAUGAAGCUAAGAAUCUUGAUUCAGAGAAAGGAAAAUUGAUAAUGUUAGUUAAUGACUUUUAUUAUGGAAAACAUGAAGGAGAUGUCCUGGAAGAACAGAAGACUCAUACAAGCUUUAAAUGCUUCAGUUGCUUGAAAGUUCUCAAAAAUAAUAUUAGGUUUAUGAACCACAUGAAGCACCAUUUGGAGCUUGAGAAGCAGGGCAGCGAGAGCUGGGAGAAGCACACCACUUGCCAGCACUGCUACCGGCAGUUCCCCACACCCUUCCAGCUGCAGUGCCACAUCGAGAGCACACACACGCCUCAUGAGUUCUCCACCAUUUGUAAAAUCUGCGAGCUAUCGUUUGAAACUGAACAGAUUCUUUUACAACAUAUGAAGGAUAAUCAUAAACCUGGUGAAAUGCCAUACAUCUGCCAGGUUUGCAAUUACAGAUCAUCAUUAUUUUCUGAGGUAGAGUCUCAUUUUAGAACAUCGCAUGAAAACACUAAGAAUUUGCUAUGUCCAUUCUGCCUCAAAGUUAUUAAAAUCGCCACACCCUAUAUGCACCAUUACAUGAAGCAUCAGAAAAAGGGAAUACAUCGUUGCACCAAAUGCAGACUGCAGUUUUUGACAUGCAAGGAAAAAAUGGAUCACAAGACUCAACAUCACCGAACAUUUGUAAAACCCAAGCAACUAGAGGGCCUUCCCCCUGGAACAAAAGUUACUAUUCGAGCUUCAGUUGGACCUCUUCAAUCAGGAUCUUCAGUCACACCUUCUAUCAGUGCAAGCACUUCUACCCUCCAGCUCUCACCUCCAAGGACUGAAAAUGUAACUGCUAAAAAUCACGUGAAGUUGAAUACAAGUACCCCAAAUACAACCAUAUCUGAUCCCAGUAAAGCUAAUGAGAUCAAGUCUAAUGGAAGUAAAUCUAAAAACAGGUCCAAAGUCUCCAAUGUGCAGAAGAAACAAAGCACAUUAUCUAAUAGUAAUAAAAAAAGUAAAGUAAACACUGCACUAAGGAACUUAAGGUUACGUCGAGGUAUUCACGAGUGUAUUGAGUGUUCUUCUGAAGUAAAAGAUUUUGCAAACCAUUUUCCUACAUAUGUCCACUGUAGUUUUUGCAGAUAUAACACUAGCUGUAGCAAAGCCUAUGUAAAUCAUAUGAUGAGCUUUCAUAGUAACCGCCCAAGUAAAAGAUAUUGUAUAUUUAAGAAGCAUUCAGAAAAUCUCAGGGGCAUUUCUCUAGUGUGCCUUAAUUGUGAUUUCCUAACUGAUGUUUCUGGCUUAGAUAACAUGGCUACACACUUAAGUCGACAUGAAACUCAUACUUGCCAAGUUCUAAUAGAGAAUGUUUCUGUUUGUAUCCCAACUUCUGAACGUCUUUCUGAAGUAAAAACUGAAGCUCCCACUAAGGGACAAGAACCUGUGUCUAAGGAAACAGCAAGACAUAGUACAGCUGAAGGAGAACCAGGAGCAUCACAUUCUGAAAGUAAGCAGGAUAAAGCUCCUUCAUCAGAAGAAGGCACUGGGCGUGAUGCAAGUGUGUGUGACGCUGCAGCAGCAGCAGCAAACUGUGAAAGAAACGUAACAGUUCCAGAUACAGAAAACGUAAGCAGCUCAAAGAACAUCUUGAGUCAUGAUCCAGAUGUUGGAACAGAUAAUAUGGAAAAGGAAGAACAAACACAUCAUCCCUGUCAGGAAAUGGAGCUAAAGGAGGACCAAAGUUCAGAAAGCACAGAUUCGUGUGAGCAGAGUAAAGAGCACAAUCCCACCGAAGCUGAAUUGUCUUCUGAGGCCGGUCAGGAUUCGCAGUUAACAUCAGGGGCUGUUGGCUUUGAUCAGUUUCCGAGGCAAGGAAAGGAACCUGAGUCUGUGGAUUCUGAUGCUAGUGAGCAAGGCAGUGUUCAUUUGGAACCUUUGACGCCUUUGGAAGUACUUGAGUGUGGAGCCACAGAAACCCUCCAUAAUGGUGACGGUCCUUCAGCCAGCAGCAGUGACUCGGUACCUGAUCAAACAGGCGGCAGGCCUGGAGGAAAUCGCCCUGGUGGAGCAGAGACAGCAGCAGACCUGGCAGAUGGAAAGGAAAGAAGCUGAGAUGACGUAGUCAUUCCAAGUUUCAUUCCCCACAGAAAGCACUUAGAACAGGACUGUAUGGUGAGCUCAGGAGUGCCGUGGUAGAGGUCAGCGGUGGGAGAUCUGAAGGGGCCCGUCAUACACUUCGUAUGUUCAAUCUUACUAAAUCAGUUUACCAGCAAUAGCAUGGUUAGUAUGAAUUUCUGUGUUUUUAAAAACCUGAACAGAACUUAAGUGAAAACUAAGUUUGUCAUCCAAAGGACUCUUAGCACUUUUUGAUGAAAUCUUGUUUACCAAUAUGAAAUUAUUAUAAGACUAAUAGCUAUGUUCAUCAGACUUUUCAAACUUUCAUUAGUGCUAAACUUAAAGUCCUCCUCACCUGAAUAUUCCUUUUAAUACACGUAAAGGAAGAGAUUUAAAACCAUGCAUUUUUUUUGAACUACCAGUCAAUUGUUCCUGUUAAUGAAGGCUUUGUUUUUUAAUAUGAUCCUGGUAAUAAGGCAUGCUUAGAGUGCUAAAUUGGCCUGUUGAGAACUUGGAUGAACAUAAAAAUUAAGUUUGGAUUUAAUAUACCAUUCCAAUCUGUCAGAAGCAUGCAAACAGAAUUUUAGAAUCUGUGCACCUCCAUACAAGUGUUAGCCUGCCAGGCUGUCAGCUUACCUUAUUAAACUUUCAGUGAAAGUGAAAUUAUGAAAAUAUAAGUUUAUAUUUGUGCUUUUAGUCAGUGUAUAAGCUGUGCAGAACCCCACCCCAGCCCCCAUGGACUAGUUGUAUAAAGUAGAAAUAUGUUAUUGAAGCUCUUAAAUAGCUACUGUGCUUUUAAUAUUAUUUCAGUGGUUUUUAGCAAUAGACACAUAAAAAUGGUCUGGAAACCAAACCAAAGUAUGGUAGAGUGUAGGCAAAAAGAAUUGACCUAAAAAAACAUGCCUUCACGUGUACUCAACUAUGUUAAGGGACUUCCUUAAUUGUAAAAGUAGAAACUUCAAAUGGGACCCUAAAACAUAUGAUUUAAAAAAAAAAGGUUGUGGAAAUUAGCCUAAUUUAUCCGUAAGUCAGCUACUAAGUUGACUUUUUAGAUAUAGAAAUGAAUAUAACAAACAAUAAUUUCAUUUUAAGUACUAAUAAAAUUUUAUUUUAAAUGCUGCAUUUUUAAUUCUUAAAAUGUACUUUGAAUUCUUAAACUGUUUAAUUGAAUGUUAAAUGUUUUCAAGGCCUGUUAAAAUUCUGUUGUAUAUAGUAGUUUUUGAGCAAAUAUUUGCAAUAAAAACCUGUCUUUGAGUAAUUUUA